GCCUCUCUCUGGCGUCAGAAAUAGAAAGCAGCCGAGCGGGGUUGGCAGCCGAGGGCGCGCCGGGCUCGGGAAGGCGCACCGGAGUGGCCGGCAAGCAGCAGCCGAGCGGGGAGGCAGCGAAGGAAGCCGCCGCCCGCUCGCCAGCCAACCCCGUCCGCGGCCCAGGGGAGCCGAAUCGCGCGGGGGCAGCAGAACAGCCCGGCCGGGACGCCCUGCAAAGGCUUCGCCUCGGGAGACCGCGAUGGCGCUGGAUUUCCUAGCAGGCUGCGUGGGAGGUGCUGCUGGUGUGAUGGUGGGACAUCCAUUCGACACCGUUAAGGUGCGCCUCCAGGUUCAAAAUAUCGAGAAGCCUCUUUACCGUGGGACUUUUCAUUGCUUUCAGUCUAUCGUAAAGCAAGAAUCGGCUCUUGGACUUUACAAAGGGAUUGGGUCACCUAUGAUGGGACUUACCUUCAUCAACGCCCUUGUGUUUGGCGUUCAAGGAAACACAAUCCGUGCUCUGGGGAAUGACACACCGUUAAAUCAGUUCCUCGCAGGGUCGGCUGCAGGUGCCAUUCAGUGCGUGAUCUGCUGCCCCAUGGAACUGGCUAAGACCCGCAUGCAGCUGCAGGGAACCGGUGAAUACAGACUGAAGUCUAAGAACUACAAAAAUUCCCUGGACUGCUUGGUGAAGAUCUAUCGAAAGGAAGGCUUGAGGGGUAUCAACAAGGGCAUGGUUUCCACAUUCCUCAGAGAGACCCCCAGUUUUGGGUUUUACUUCCUGACAUAUGACUACCUAACCAGAUACCUUGGUUGCGAGGCGGAGGACAGUUACAUUAUACCCAAGUUGCUGUUGGCAGGAGGCAUGUCUGGAAUCGUUUCCUGGCUGUCGACGUACCCCGUGGACGUAAUCAAGUCUCGCCUGCAGGCUGAUGGGAUCGGUGGGGUGGUGCAAUACAAGGGCAUUCUGGACUGUAUUAAAAAAAGCUACUACAAUGAAGGUUGGAGAGUAUUCACCAGGGGUCUUACAUCCACACUUCUCCGCGCCUUCCCUGUUAAUGCUGCGACGUUUGCUACUGUUACUGUGUUCCUUAUGUAUAUGAGGUCAGAAGAUAGUCAGCUCAGAGGAGAUCUAAGUGGAUGUGAGGCAGGCCCGGCCAUCCAGCAACCUUCAAGCUUUUAGGUUCUUAAUGGGAAGUCUAAUGCGUCUAUUUGGUAUAUUAAUGGAUUUUUUUUAAAGAAAAAAAAAUCAAAAUAGAAACUAAGUUUCCAUCUGUACAAAGCAUUCUUGUAACAUUAGUUAGGAUUUCACCUCCUUUAGAUAAGCAGCUUAUUACUUUACGUUACAAAAAUCCAGGCAGUAAAAGGACUUUAAAAAACAAUUCCCAAAUAUGCACCAGUGUUUGGUGCACUGUUAUAGCUGCUGCUACUUCCCUAAGAAACCAAACAAUAUCUGUCUCUUUCCCACAACAAAACUCACAGUGCAAUCCUAAGAAGAGUUACUCCGGUCUGGAGUAGGAUUGCACCGUCUGUGUAGUUUGUACCAGCGUUCAGCAGGUGUUCUUCCACUGGAGAAUACCACAACUUUCAGUUCUCAAAGGGAACAAUCAUUGCUCUAAGAUGCGUAAAUGGUGUAAAGCGAUUCAGUCCACCAUUUUCCUGGAUGCUACAGCUGCUGGCAAGCCCCAUGACCGUUCUCUGCUUGACGAAACAGUUCUGAUAAGCUCUCUGUAAGUAGCAUCCUGACGCAGUGGAUCAGUGGCAUCCAGUGCCAUCCCUGAGUUUGCACCCUUCUAAGCCCAUUUGACUUCAGCAGUUUUAGAAGGAUGACAUUGCAAGUUUCUCUGCUAUGCACACAUUUUCAUAUUACUGCUUUUUAAAAAAAAAGUCUGUUUAAUGUGUGCGGAAAAAUAGAAUCUGAACUCUACCUGCAGAUAUUUCAAAAGCCAACCCAGGCAAAGAAAGAUGGAUGCCCUUUGCUUUCGUGUUUAUAAUUUUGCAGUGCAUUGUACGGAAUUGCAUUUUAAAAUUACUUAGGAUGCAGUAAAUCCCAUAGUUCCUCUGGCAAACCUUGCCAUAACUACCUCUGGAAGUGGAAGGCUAAAGCUCUCUAGCCAGAAGCCUGUUACUGUAAAAGCUCUUGGAGGAAAUGGGAGGGGGUAACUUUUCUUCAAGUGGGAGGGUGGUAGAAAAGCAAUGGAUUAUUCUGUAGGGAAGAGAAUAAAGGGAUGCGGUUGCAUUUGGAUGGGUUCAUCUUGAAGCAUUGUUCUGAGAAAGUAGUUGGUUCUGCGUCCUGAUUACUUUCAGACUGCUGUUGACUGAGAGAGUGAGCCAGUGAUGUAGCUUUAUUGGAGAAGAAAUACAAAAAACGAGUCUAAAUCUCCUCUCGUUGGCUUGGAUCCAAAACAGAGCUUGGAGAAAGGAACUGAACAUUCUUACCUCCCCUGCUGCAGUUUCCUGAAAUGGGUCCUCUGGCCCUUCAGAGGGUUCUGAAGCGAGCCUGCAAUAAGAGUCCGAAGGGAUAUAUGGAAGCCUUCGGCCGUGAAAGCCUUCAACAAUAUAUGGAAAACAAGGUUUGGAUCCAGCCAGUUUUUUCACCUGAUUUCCUUUCACGCACAGCCCCCAUCCCACAUUACAUUUGUACAUGCAAGUCCUGCGAUUCUCAGAAUAGCCCUUUUGAGUGGACAAAGACACCUGUUUUCCACCAACAGACUAUAGCUCGCUGGAUCCUAUCCAUAGUCGAACCACAGCUUAUUCUGGAAAUACGCAACUUUUUUCUGCUUGCUCAUUCCAUUGUGCUACUGAAAAAUGAAAUGCUUCUUCAGUGAACCAUUGCUUUGUGGCCUGAUCCCACAGUGAGCCAAGCAGGUGAUUUCAGGUGAAACAAUGGUUUAUGAGAAACCAUGGUUCCUCAGCAGAUUUGAACCAUUUUAAAAUUUGGUUCUCCAUUGGACUUUAGUAAUGGGGAGCAAAUAGACAAACUGCUACAUGAAUGCUGCAUGGCCCUUGGUCCUCUGUAUGAAACCAUACGACGGCUUAUUUAAGAAGCCCUCUGCUUUUUAGAUUUUGGACCCUAUUUUGAUGCCACCCUGCAGAGUGUGACUUGAUUUCAUUUUUUACCGUGGUUUUUUUUUUCCUUUGUAUUUUCCUCUUUCUGCUGCUCUCGUACAGAGUAAGCCAAAAGCUUGGUGGGGAUACCAAUUCUGAUGUGCGGCAUCUUUUGCCACCCUAAAACACAUUUGUAACUCCCAAGCCACCAGUUCAAGACUGACCAAUGCUCUCAAGCGUUACAGUUUAGGAAGAUAGGUGGUAAAGCCACCUAGCGAGGGAUACUGUGUGUGUCGAAAAACAAAGCCUGACUGCUAUAAAGGCAUUUACUACAAACUGAUGGCUGUGGGGGGCACAUUAACGCUUUUAUUUUAUUGGGACAGGUGCAAUAUGACUGGUUAGUCUUUAUUCAAUAGAAAAUCUGUGUAGCCAACAGCAUUUUUUUCCAAAUGUUAUGCUAGAGAAACCUGUAAAACUGGUCUGUCCUGUACCUUGGAGGUAUCUUGGAUAUUUUGGUGCCUACUUGCAGGGACAUUCAAAUUGAAUGUGAAACUUACCUAAGCUGUUUAUGCACAACAAUUCAAGAGCAAUGACCAUUUCCCCUUUUGUACAGUAUUCUGUAACUAUUGUACAUAAAACUGGAACAAAUAAAUUUUUUACAAAAAAAUCA